CCUCCUCCUCCUCCUCCUCUCUCUCUCUCUCUCUCAUACAGAGAUUCUCUCUCUAUAGAAAAAAAAAAUUUUAAGAAGAAAAAAAAGGCAACAAUUACACAUGGAUAUCGAGCCAAGCCCAGAAGAGGUAGCGAAGAAAGUAUGGAACAUAGUUCAAGUAGUGCUCUUCAUGGUAAAGAAAGGCAUGUCCAAGAGCAAAAUAAUGGUGGACCUCCACCUCAUUCUCAAACAAGGAAAGCUAGCCGGAAAAGCCAUCGGCAACCUCAUGUUCCACCACCACCACCACCUGUCUUCAUUAAGCUGCCGGUCGUCCUCUGACCUCUCCUUCAUAUCUCCUAGGGAGUAUGAGUUCAGCUGCAGCAAUAGCCCCGCGUUUUACCCUUUUUAUACCCACAAGCGCAGACACCACCACCACCACAACCACUAUUUCCGCGGUAAGUCAUACAGGUACGAGGACGUGACUACCGUUGCUGCCGUUCAGAGGGUUUUCGAGAUGUUAAACAAUGAGAAGGUGGAGGCGGCGUCACCUAUGGUGGUGUUGCCGGGAUUUGGACGGAGCCCGAUGGGGAGGCAACUGAGAGUGACAGACUCGCCUUUCCCAUUGAAAGACGAGGGAGAUAGCCAGGUGGAUAAGGAUGCGGAGGAGUUCAUAAAUAAGUUUUACAAAGACCUCAAGUUGCAGAAGAGAAUGGCUGCCCUGAAUUCCCCUGCUCAUUAUAACACUUGGGGUUGGGGACGAUGAAAUGGGACUUUCUCUUCUCCAAAUGAAUCAAGAUUCUACUCAAGAUCUGGUGCCCGCUACUGGAGGAGUCGGCGGGCGAAGGCAGGAUGGAAGACAAGGGUAGGACCUGCAAGCAGUAAAGGCCUUAGGAAAAGUGAUGGUGACAAUAAUUUGCAAAUAAUCUAUCAUACAGAUUAUCAUUACGCAUGCAUGACAAUUUUGAUUUUGAUAGCCUUUGUUUUUUUUUUUUUCCAACUACUUGGUGUAAGGUCUAUUCUACAUGUUUUCCUUAUUUUCACCGUAUAAAAAUAAAAAAUAAUAUCACAU